AUGCAUGAUUUACUUGUAAUUUUCGUAGCAAUUUUGUCCUACUUUGUUUGGAUACAAUGCAUUUACUACUGGCAGAAUUCAGCAAAGUUACGUAAACAUUUGUUGCGAUUUAUGUUAUGUAGAGACAAACAAUUAAAAUCGUCUCAAACAAGCGAUUUAACUGGCGAUGUUCGAGCACUCUUUUUAACAGCUCAUCCAGAUGAUGAAUGCAUGUUCUUUGCACCAGCAAUUUUGAGACUCGUGGAACUAAAUGCCUCUGUUCAUCUAUUGUGUUUAUCUCAAGGUGGGUUUACAAUGAAUAACAGAUUUUGCUUUUCAUUGGUCCUUUGAGUAGCCUAUGUAUUCCGUCCUACAAUCAGGGCUAGCUUUUACAUAAUUUUUCAUGGAAAAUAGUAGCAGAUUAAACUCAACGAUUUACGAUGGAGGAGCGGAGACUGUUGUGGGCGGACUGGAGCUCCGACGUCACAUAAAAGUAAAACUACAUUUUUACCAAAAACGACUGAUUUCAGCACCCAGAGAAUGGCCCGCAAUUACACACGACAUUGUGAAGUUGAGUUUAGUCGUCUAGGAAAAUAGCAAUACGCUGCAGCACCAACUUGUCAGUAUAGCUAGGUCUCCCAUAUUCUAUUCUGAUCAUUUGUUCAAUAACAAUGGUUUGUACUGCACUAUAAUUUAAUCAAUGCCUGACACAAGAAGAGAGACACGGCUUACUAGAGCCAAGUAUUGUAAUAGUUAUACAACUAAGUAUUAAUUCCUUCUUUAUGUUGUUUUAUAGCCAUGUGGCAAUUCCUUUACAUGACAACAUAUAAAGUAAUUACUUUUCGCCAAAUAAUCACCUAGGCAAUUACUACAAUCAAGGGUUCCAGCGUCGAGAAGAGCUUCUAGACAGCUGUGCAGUUUUGGGAAUACCAGCUUCCCGAGUCACUAUACACGACUGC